UGACAUUAUAAAUUAUAAAACGAUAGAGCAAUUUGUUACUUGUGUAAAGGAAUAAAUGGCCCUAGUUCCUAAAUUUGUUUCAGUUAUGAUUAUAUUUAUUUUUAUAUUUUUCGUUGCAUCGAAUAUUGAAGCGAAAAGAUAUACAUGUAUCCAAGAUUCUGAUUGUUCAGUUCUUUUUUGUUCCAAAUCUGGCAAAUCAUAUAAAGCGGGUUACACAACUAAAUCCAGUUACGACCUUCUCGUUAAUACGCGGAGGGAUGGAUCAUUUGAACCUUUGAGAGAAAAAGUUUUUGCAAAAGUGUGGAAAUUGAAUAUUCCGUUUAGAAUCAAGGUGUUCGGUUGUAGAUGUUUUUGGAACCGUUUAGUAACUAAGGACAAUUUGAUUCGGAGAGGUGUAUCAAUAGUAUCCAACUCUUUUUGCGUUCACUGUUGUACGGAGGAUGAAUCUUUAAUUCAUCUCUUCUUCAAAUGUUUUGUUGCUAAGCAGGUUUGGGGCGUAAUAGCCAAUUGGUGUGAAAUGAAAAUUCUUAAUAAUGAUUAUGGUUGGAAAAACUUAUUGUUUUGGUGUGGUCUCUUUAAGGGGGAGAAAGUAAAGAAAUGGAAUGAAAGUAUUAUGUGGAUGGCGGUGUGUUGGGGUCUAUGGAGGUCGAGGAAUGAGAUUCUGUUUGAAGAAGGAAUUCUCUGUGUAUUAGAUUUAGUUUGGAACAUCAAGUUAGCUUUGAAAUGAUCUUGGAUAGGUGAUAUUACUUCUACCAAAAGUAGCUUUUACGAUUUCUAUAAAGUUCCGGUGGAUCUUUUAGUCUAAGCCUCGGUUGUUUUGUAAUUUGUUCUUUUAUCGAGUUUGUAAUUUGGUUUUGAGUACACCGAGUGCUCCGUUCAAUCUAAUCCUUGCUUAUAAAAAAAGAGAAUAGUUGGUGCAAAUAAAUUUAAUCAUAAAUAUAUAAAUAAAAUCAAUAAAAACUGAAGAUAUGCAUAUAAUAGCACAAGAUGUGAUUGCAAUAGAUUAGGAAUCUGUGUGAUUUGGUUUUGGUGCAAUAUGCCCCCCUCAAGAUGAAGGUACCAUCAAUGACCAUCUUGCUCUUAAGUUCUUGAAAUCAUGGUAUUUGUGAAUGGCUUUAUGAGUAGGUUGGAAAUUUGAUCCUUUGUGGACACAUGACUGACUCAAAGUUUUUCGGCCUAAACUUCUUCUCGAACAACAUGAUACUCCAUGGAUAUAUGUUUCAUUCUUUAAUGUAAAAGUGGAUUAGAAAAAAACUAGGUGGCUCCGACAUUAUCACGUAAAAGUUUAGGUGUUUGAGAUAUCAUAAUGUGUAAAUCUAAAAUAAAGUUGGUGAACCAUAUGAUUUUAGUGGUAGUUGAUAAGUGCCAAAUUGUAGUUAUUUUUUUUUAAUAAGCAAUUGAUUGAAAAGCUCGCACUAGGGGUGCAACCCUUACAAAAACACAAGGCACUAUAGAUUGCAUGUGUCGGAUAAAGGAAGUUUAAACGAUUCAUAAUAGGUUGGUCUAAACUUAGUAUAUCCACAAUACAUCCAUCUCCAAGAAAGAAAGACAAUGUUAGAACAAAUAACAUCAAAAUAAAACACCUCCCCCUUAAAGAUAAUGGCAUUCCUCAUAAGCCAAAGACUUCAAAUAGUAGCUACCCAAACGAAAUUGAUCAAGAUUCUACGCUUGCUACACUUCACCUUGUCUUGAAUAACGUCGAAACAUAGCAUCUCCUCUUCAUUAAUAUCCUCCGAAAUACCGAGCCAAUUAAAAACGUGUUUCCAAAUUGCUUUCACCUCUUGACAAUUGAAAAAAAGGUGGGAAGAUGAUUCAAGAAAAGAACCACACAUCACACAAUCCGGACAAGAAACAUUAGCAACACCUCUUUUCAACAAUUGAUCUCUAGUAGGAAGUCGAUCAAUAAAGAAUCUCCAAGCAAAGACCUUGAUCUUAGGCGGAAGUUUAAGAUCCCACAUCACUUUCAACGAAUUAAUCAAAUGAAAAUCCCAUGAAAUUAAUUUGGCACUAUCAAUCGCGUAAGUAAUGCUCGCUGGGGCUGGCUGGGGCUGGCUGCUGCCGCGGCUGUAGGAGAUGUGCCGUGAGCAGAUCCGGCUGAGAAGAGGUCGGCAAAAUCCCACCUAAAUGAUCCUUUGGUCCACUCUAAAACAUCUGCCACCGUAUAAUGCUUCAUGUUUGAUAAAUCAAACAAGUCCGGAAAUUCCAUGCAAAGACGUUGUUCUCCCAACCACCUAUUAUGCCAAAAAAGAACAUCCUUUCACUUCUUGCAACAACAUUUGAAACACCCGGAAAAACCGUUAUCAUUAAUGUCGUCCAACAAAUUAUUCUUACACAUAUCUCUCCACCAAAUGGAAUCAUCGCUUUUAUGAAAUACGCCCCCAUUAUCUUGAAUUCUAAUUUUAGGACAUAAGUACCUCACCUUAAUAAAUCUAUUCCAAAUAGCUUUAUUAUCAUGAAGGAUUCUCCAAUUCCAUUUCAAGAGAAGAGCUUUAUUCAUCUCUCUAACAUCUCUAACCCCCAAACCACCCUUCGCCUUUGGCCUACACACCACCUCCCACUUUACCCAAUGAAUACACCUUUUAUCAAACUUACCACUCCAUAAAAACUCACUUUGAAUUUUCCUAAUUGCAUUGGCAAUUUUUCUGGGAACCUUGAAAAAGGAGAGUGUAAAAAUAGGAAUUGAAUUCAAAACCGAA